GGUCAAUGUAUUCAUCUCGUCGUUUUAGGAUAAAGUCACCAAACACAUUCUCGGCUUCCUCUAGCUGGCCUCUCUCGCAAUAAGCAGACGCCAUCAUAGCCAAGCUUCGGAUAUCAGUAUACAUAGCAUAGUUGGUAGGCGACUCAAAAACCUUUGCUGCACCAUCGAUAUCGUUUAAUUUCAACAAGAGACAAAUCGCUGAUCGAUGUCCCUUUCUCUUGUCGGAAGGAGGAAGGUCCUUGUACAGGUCCCAUAAACGAGACAUCAUGUGGUUGAAGGGACUAGGUUUCGAGAGGUACCCGAGCUCUCUCUCAUCUUCCCAAAGAU